AUGUACUACGAGCUAUUUGCUAUAGCAAGAAUUUCCGACCCUAUAAUGGCCAACAAAGAGGCCACCAAGAUCGCUUCUACUGUGGGAAAGUUGAUCUUGAACAACAGAGGAGUCAUCAGAGAUAUCACCAGUUUGGGACCAAAACCUCUUCCCAAAAUCAUGUCCAAGGAGCAGGAGAGACACUUCCAAGGCUAUCAUUUCAUUAUGGGAUUCGAUGCAUCUCCAGCCGUGCAGCAUGAGUUGUUGAGAACCUUAAGAAGAGAUCCCAGAAUCUUGAGAUCUAGUAUUAUCAAGAACGACAUGACGAAGAAGUUGAAUGCUGGAACCACGUUCCAAAGGGUGUUUGAGCAUGUGCCCAACUAA